AUGUAUGCCCAUGUCUUCAUUAUUUUAUUUCAUUUUGAUUAUAAUAUUUGCUUUAUAUUCAUUUUAAGAACCAAAGAUUUAUCUUUUUUUUUUCUUUUUAUUUCUUUUUUUCUUUUUUUUCUUUUUUCUUUUUAUUUCCUUUUUUUCUUUUUAUUUCCUUUUUUUCUUUUUAUUUCCUUUUUUUCUUUUUAUUUCCUUUUUUUCUUUUUAUUUCCUUUUUUUCUUUUUAUUUCCUUUUUUUCUUUUUAUUUCCUUUUUUUCUUUUUAUUUCCUUUUUUUCUUUUUAUUUCCUUUCUUUUUUUUUUUUUUUUCUUUUUUUCCUUUUUCUUUUUAUUUUUUUUUUUUUUUCUUUUCUUUUUUUUUUCUUUUUUUUUUUCUUUUUUCUUUUUUUUUUUUUUUUUUUUUUUUUCUUUUUUCUUUUUUUUUUUUUUUUUUUAUCUUUUUCUUUUUUCUUAUGUUUUUCUUUUUUUCCUAUGUUUUUCUUUUUUUCUUAUCUUUUUCUUUUUUAUCUUUUUCUUUUUUCUUUUCUUUUUCUUUUUUCUUUUCUUUUUUCUUUUCUUUUCUUUUUUUCUUAUCUUUUCUUUUUUCGUAUCUUUUUCUUUUUUCUUAUCUUUUUCUUUUUUCUUUUUUUCCUCUCUCUCUUUUUUUCCUCUCUCUUUUUUCUCUCUUUUUUUCUCUUUUUUUCUCUCUUUUUUCCUCUCUCUUUUUUCUCUCUUUUUUUCCUCUCUCUCUCUCUUUUUUUUUUCCUCUCUCUUUUUGCCUGGGAAAUUUGAUUUACAAAACAAAUGUGAGCAGAUCAUAUUGCUGGAUUUGGAUGUGGCAACAAAACAGAAUGUUGAACAACUCUUAUGGAAAUCUGUUUAUUACCAAUUGAUUGAAAUUUACCGUAACCAACUAGCAGAGGAGCACUCCAAUAAGACACCAACUACACAAUGUAUUAAAGAGCAGCUCUUUGCUGUGUUGGAUGAGGGAACUACCUUCUAUGAAGGCCUUUUAGAACGCUUUGCAAACUACCUACAACUUCUUACUGGCACCUUUCUUGGACACCAAUUCUUCCCCUCCAGAGAACUGCCAACGAACAGUGAAGCUUGCAUUGCUUACUGCGCAACGGAUUAUGAUUUGUCUUGGGGACAUUGCCCGCUAUCGAGAAUUGGCCAAUGA